CCCCCCGCCCCCUCGCCUCCCCUCGAAGCCCGCCACUCGUCGCUCCAUCCCCUGCCCCUCUUCAUACCAUGGCCGACAAGCGGAGGAUCUGUGCUCCGAUCGAUACGGUUCCCCCCGUCGGAAACCCCCGGCAGCCCUGCACCGCGGCUUCCGGUCGCCUGGGCGGCCGCGAUGCCAUGGCCGUUCGGCCAAUCUUCCUUGAGACCGAUGUCAAUCCCCAGGCCACCGGAUCUAGUCUGCUCGAGAUGAAUGGGACAAAGGUCAUUUGCUCGGUUUACGGUCCUCGCCAGUCGCACCGGCGCCAGCCCUUCCGCGACACCGGUGUCAUCGAUGUCGAAGUCCUGACGUCUCCCUUUGCCGGGACCCAUCGUCUCGCCCCUGGCAAGAACGCCCAAGAUGGUGAGCUUGCUGCCCUUGUGGAGCAGGCUCUCCUGCCGUCCCUCCGCCUCGACACCUUCCCCAAGCUCUCGGUCGACAUUUACAUCGUCAUCCUGGAGAACGGGGGAUCUGUCCUGCCGGCUGCCAUCAACUGCGCCACGGCCGCCCUGGCUUCGGCCGGCAUCCCCAUGAACGACCUGGCCAUCGCCUGCAACACUGUUUCUAUCGCUGCCUCUGCUCCCGCCUCGGGUGCCGAUCAGUCGCAACAGAGCCUCUGGAUUGAUCCGUGCCUGGAGGAAGAGGCAUCGCCCGAUCUGGCCGGCAGCAUGCUGGUCACCUACAUGCCCACACUCAAUGAGACGUCGCUCAUGAUUUCGACCGGCUCCGCUCCGCCGACCCAGGUGACCGAGGCUUUCCACACCUGCCUGGCCGGAUGUCUCAGCCUGCAUAAGACCAUUGUCGAGUGCCUGACGCGGGACGCCUGAACGCGUCUGCCUGCCAUCUUCGGAUCUCCCUCCCUUUCUAGCUCUUCCAUAAACACCUGCCCUCUGCUUCUCUCUCCUUCUCUUUCUCGCCGCCCCGGACCAUCAACACACACACACACACACGCACA